AUGGACGAGGAAGCGGAGCAGCAGGCCAAGUCUGGGCCCGGGGGGCGGCUGGAUAUGAAUCAUGGCUUCGUUCAUCACAUCCGCCGAAACCAGAUAGCGCGAGAUGAUUAUGACAAGGAAGUAAAACAAGCUAAAGAGAAGCAAAAGAAAAGGUAUACCCCAAGGCCUUCACGCCCCAAGAAACCGGACUUGCAGGUUUACCACCCCCGUCAGAGAGAGGAUGACAUUAGUGAGAGCAGUUCAAGUACGGACCCUGAGCAGCUUGGAAAUCAACUCUUCUGUUUGGAGUUUGAGGCAGACGAUGGCGAGGUCACAUCUAUCAUUGUGUAUGAGGAUGAUGAUGCUGAGCAGGUUGCAGCAAAGAUAUCCAUUCAGAACCAGCUGGAAGCCAAGAUGAAAGAAGCCCUUAAAAGAAGGAUCCAAGAAGAAAUCACCAAGAGACGAGUGCACCGCUGA